AACACGUGUCCUUAUUGCUGCUUCAACUAGCAGCGAAAAUCUGGAAAUCGAGAACAAUCUGCUCUUGCUCCAUCGAGUUCAGUUACAAAACGAAGCAGAACCAGGAGAGCAUCUGGCAAUUUUUAGUUGGCGGCCAUGGCUGAUGGUAAAAGAACCGUUCUUGUUACCGGAGCUGGUGGCAGAACCGGGCAAAUUGUUUAUAAGAAGUUGAGGGAGAAUUCAGACAAGUAUAUUGCAAGAGGUUUGGUGAGAAGUGAGGAGAGCAAGGCGAAAAUUGGUAGCGCAGAUGAUAUUUACAUUGGUGAUAUAAGGAAUGCUGAGAGCAUAGUUCCUGCAAUUCAGGGUAUCGAUGCUCUUAUAAUUCUUACAAGUGCUGUGCCAAAGAUGAAACCAGGUGUCGAUCCGUCUAAAGGUGAUAAGCCAGAGUUCUACUUUGAAGAUGGAUUAUCCCCUGAACAAGUGGACUGGAUUGGGCAGAAGAAUCAAAUAGAUACUGCUAAGGCCUCAGGAGUAAAGCAUAUUGUGCUGGUUGGGUCAAUGGGAGGAACAAAUCCUAACCACCCCCUGAACACCUUAGGAAAUGGAAACAUAUUGAUUUGGAAGAGGAAGUCUGAACAGUAUUUGGCUGACUCUGGAGUCCCAUAUACCAUUAUUAGAGCUGGGGGCUUGCAAGAUAAGAAUGGUGGUGUGCGGGAGCUACUUGUUGGAAAGGAUGAUGAGCUUCUUCAGACAGAUAACAGAACUGUUACCAGGGCAGAUGUUGCAGAAGUCUGCAUUCAGGCCGUACUGUUCGAUGAGGCGAAAUCCAAAGCAUUCGAUUUGGGCUCAAAACCUGAGGGCACUGGAACACCAACACAAGAUUUCAAGGCCCUUUUUGCCCAAGUGACCACCCGUUUCUAAUUUGCUGCUUCAACUUUGAACCAUCAUCUUUUCCAGUUGUUUUAUGCCUAGAUCAAAUGUUGAUCCACAAUUUGCAAAUCACUUAUGUAAUUGCCUAGUGACAAUUGUCAGACUCAAUUCAAAAUGUAUUGCUCCAGGAUUGUAUUACUGAACUAUCUUAGAAUUGUCUUUAUAUAAUACAGGGGCUUUUUGACUGUUAAA